UUUAACAUUCAAAAAUUCAAAAAAUAGGUUUUAGUGACGUCACACUUUAAAACACUAUUGGGGCAAAGGUUGUUGUAGUUUCAAGUAUCCUAUGUCUAUGAGUUGUUGGCCUUUUUUUGGUAACGUCCAUGAGGCUUUUUGACGAGUGUUGUCAGUUGUUAAAGAUUUUUUGAGCCAGAAAAAUGAAACCAUGCAUAAUCGUUCAUGGAGGUGCAAGUAAUAUUGCAGAUAUUUUUGUUGAAAAAUGCAAACUUGGGACAAGGAAUGCUGCUAAGACAGGAUAUGCUGUUCUCAGAGAAGGAGGUUCUGCACUAGAUGCAGUCUGCGCAGCUGUAACAUCACUAGAAGACAAUCCAGUUUUUAAUGCAGGUCAUGGCUCUUGCCUCACAGAAGACGAGACUGUUGAAAUGGAUGCAUUAAUCAUGGAUGGUGACACAUUGAGAAUAGGUGCUGUUGGAGCUGUCACUGAUAUUGCCAAUCCUGUACAAUUAUCUAAGAAGAUUCUUGAAAACACACCUCAUUGUAUGCUAGUGGGACAUGGUGCAAGUAAAUUUGCCAAAAAAGUGGGACAUCCAGUUUUAUCAGACCCAGCUGAAUUGAUUGUUGCAGAAAGUGUUUUGAAAGCAAAGUUAGCUGGCAGAUUUAGCUUUGAACAAAGUGUGAAAACAUAUUUCAAUAACAUAAUCCACUCAAAGGAUAUGCAAGAAUUAGAAGAAAUAGCAAGCAAGAUGGCAAGAGCAGAAGAUGUAGACCCCAAAAAUGGGAGUGUUGGCCAUGAUACUGUUGGUGCAGUUGCAAUUGAUGGAAGUGGAAGAAUGGCUUGUGCUACAUCCACAGGUGGCAUACCUGGUAAAUGGGUUGGCCGUAUUGGUGAUAGCCCACUGACAGGUUGUGGGGGAUAUGCAAACAAAUUCGGUGGGGCUGCAUCUACUGGCCAUGGAGAAUCUCUGACCAAGACAACCAUAUGUAGACAGGCAGUUUACUACAUGGAGAAUGGGGAUGAUGCACAAACAGCAGCAGAGAAAGCAAUAAAAUACCUUGGAAAUGAGACCGAUGGGAGGGGUGGUAUCAUUUGCAUCAGCAAUAAAGGUGAUAUUGGAUUCUCCUUUUCAACUUUCAGAAUGGGAUGGGCUUUUAUUGCUAAUGACAAAAUCAAAUUUGGAAUUGACCAUGGAGACAAAUUUGAAACAAGCUUAGAGGAGGAAAUAUAGAGGAAGUCUCUAUCAAAUGGAGCAUUGCCAUUUCUGGUUGAUAGAAUUUAAAAAUUUUGCUCUUUGAAAAGUAUUUGGACUUUUUAAAAAAAUGCUGCCCAGAAAUUUUGACCGGGAUUACCCAGAAUAUUCUGAGGCUAUCAAAACAAUUAAAUUUCUUAUAUUAACAUUUAAUAGAUAAUAUAUAUUCUAGUGAUUUUAUGGUCACUUUCUAUAAUAUCUCAAUGGGAAAGCUUUGAACGUUUUUGAAAUAAAAAACAAGAUAUUUAAUAAUAUAGACUUGUGAGUUUAUGGUUUCUUUGUAUAAAAUCUCAGUGGCCAAGCUGUACAUUUGUGAAAUAUGUAACAUGGAUAUUCUAUGUAAUAUCUCCAUAUGACAUGUUAUAAACUUUUAUUGUGCCUGCAUUAUUUUUAGAUAUAGUGUCUGACACUUCCUGAUAUAAUCUUCACAUUUCGUGUUCAAAUGUGUUGAGUAGUAAUCUCAAGUUUAUGGAUGCAAUUAAACCUACACAACCAAUAAAACAUUGGUUUAAUGUGAUCCUAAAAUUUUCAAACUCAAAGAUUACUGCAUUUUGAUAUUACAUAAUGCAUUAUUUUUUUAUACAAACAGUUUUAUAACAGCAAGAGCUUCAAAAUUUGCUCAAAAGUUGAAAACAAAAUAAAAACAAGCUGAGGCUGAGCUUACUGUAAAAUAUUUCAAAAACAAAGAUUUUUCGCCAUGUUUGGGUGCUUUUUCAAGGAAUAUUCAAACAUGGCAGCAAAUGAAGGUUGUCUCCACACUUUGUUGGCAAAAGAGGCCUGAACACCUCCUCCCUAGAGCCGUAAGCUAGCAAUUACACUGCUUAUAACCUAUAAACUUAAGAACAAAUUAAGAACAAUCCAGCCUCUGAUUUUCGAAAAAAUUAAGAACAACCAGCCUGAACACAAAUUUACUGGUUCUUAUAAAAAAAUGUACUGUGAUUCAUCCUGUACUUUGGGAAUUUUUGGCACAUAUUUUUCAAGUUCAGGUGAUUUGAAAAUUUGUGCACAUCUUCAAUUUUGCAAGCAAUUAGGAAAAACUGGCUACAAUUUAUGGCAAGUAAAAAUCCUAGAAUGCAUACUGACUUGAAGGUUUGGAAGAUACCAAGCUCCAGUGGUGCCAUGGGGCCGGGAUCAGCCCCCCUUGAUAAAAUUCAGAGAGAUUCUGAGGGGGCUCAUGCCCCCUCUAAAAAGUUAGUUCAUAUUUGGUUGGACGAAUUCUGUGUUGGCAACCCUCUAUUAUAAUGUAGGUUUCUUAUGAAUGAGUUUCUUAUCAGUCGGAUUGUCAUUGAAUAGUUUGAAUGAUUCCUACACACAAAAGAGAAUCUUUAACACAAUUGCAAGUACAUUGGGUGUGAUGAGCGUAUGGCCUCGUGGGCAGCCUCCUUCCUAACUUUUAACAGUGUCCUUCAGUAUUUCAUUUUUCCUUGCUGACAAUUUUAUGUAAAAUAUGCUUUUUAAAUCUUUUAAUCGUUUAUGUUAGCACUAUCGUAUCACUUGUAAUUAUCUAAAAUAUACUGGUAAUGAAAUGUUGAAAAUGUUGAAUGUUGUUUUAGGACGGCACCCUUGCCAAGCUCCUAUUCGCUGAAUUC